AGGGAGGUCACAGGGAGACUUAAUCGAGUCCUGAUUCUGUCGAUCACAGACAACAAGAUCACUGCUGCAACAACAGUAAUAUAGAAAAACAACAAUAAUAUAAAAACAACAAUAAUAAAGAAAAACAUCAAUAAUAAAGAAAAACAACAAUAAUAUAAAAACAACAAUAAUAAAGAAAAACAACAAUAAUAUAAAAACAACAAUAAUAAAGAAAAACAACAAUAAUAAAGAAAAACAACAAUAAUAUAAAAACAACAAUAAUAAAGAAAAACAACAAUAAUAUAAAAACAACAAUAAUAAAGAAAAACAACAAUAAUAAAGAAAAACAACAAUAAUAUAAAAACAACAAUAAUAUAUAAAAACAACAAUAAUAAAGAAAAAUAACAAUAAUAUAAAAACAACAAUAACAACAAUAAUAAUAUAAAAACAACAAUAAAGAAAAACAACAAUAACAUAAAAUAAGAGUGAUCAGAGGUCUGUGUCCCGUUAGAGAUGAACUGUUUCACUUAGAACAAAAAGUAAAUAUUUUAUAGACACAGUUUGAUUCUGAUAACUCUUCAUCAUCAUCAUCAUAGUAAUAAUGAUAAUAAUAAUAAUGAAAAUAAUAAUAAUAAUAAUAAUAAUAAUGAUAAUGAUGAUAAUAAUGAUAAUAAUAAUAAUAAUAAUAAUAAUAAUAAUAAUAAUAAUAAUAAUAAUGAUAAUGAUGAUAAUAAUAAUAACAAUAAUAAUAUCAUCAUCAUCAGCGAACAGCGUUCAGUCUGCAGAAUAAAACAUUAAUAUUUUCAGUCAGUAACGUCGUCAGCUGAGCCGUUGCAGCUGUAAACUACAUACAGAUGUGUAGUACUACAUGACAGUACUGUAGUAAUACUGCAUUCACAACUGAAGUCAUUUCACAGUGAGUUUCAGUCCUCUUAUUGAGCACCGCACUAAAACCUGAACACCAGGAACCAUCAGGAACCAAUCAGGAACCAAUCAGGACGUCUGAUUUUAGAAAAAAGUCAAAAACAAACGAGAGUCCAGAGUGUGGAGGUUUGACACGUUUAUAAACCGGGUUUAUAAAUUAUUUUUAUACACAUCAAACAUUCGAGGUUAUAUUCAGUCUAGAUCAGGAGGCUCUCGGCCUUCUGAGGGCUCACGUCGUCAACAUCAGAGCAGUGGAUAAAACAGAGUGGCGACAACUUCAGAUCUCGCCGCCGGAGCGGUCACGUGGUUCAUGUACCCCUCCAUAGUUCCAAACGCAGCCUGCACUGUCCAUGCUCUUCAACGGGGCAGACUGCAGUGAGCGCGCAUUUAAGAGGUAAAUAUUAAAAUUAACCGUAAAAAGUCAACAUUUGCAACUCUUAUUGGAUUACUGUGUACACGUCAAAGUCACGUACGUAUAUUUAGCGUCUGGAUGACAAAAGUGAAAUAAGACAAGUUUGGUAACACGUGUUACUUUUUAAUAAGAGAAAAUAAUACAAUAAAGUGGUAAGUAACAGGUGUUACAAGCUGUUUAAACAAUUGUACAAUGUUUUGGUCUUUCAGCAUGGCCUGAAUAACAUUUUUCCAUGUUAAACAUACGCCUUAAAUGCUGACAGGAUUUAAAAAGUAGCGGCCCCUUAACUCUAUCAUCCCAUAAGCAGAAAUCAAAUUACAUAGCAUUUAUGUUAGUCUAAAAAGAAUAAACUGCAUAUAACAUCGGGAACUGAUAAAGGCUGAAAUCUAAAAUAAAGCCCAUAAGUAACCAUCUCAACAUAUGAUUGAUGAUGAUGAUUCAUCUGUGAUUCAUAACUCAGUCACACAAUAGAUUUUGGCAGGCCUCUACAGCUGACGACGUCCAGCUAGCAGGCCGUGGCUAAAAAAUCGAUCCCAAUUCCUCACUAAAAAAACGUAAUUACAUCUGUAAUUACAAUUUGAGCAUACUAAAAUUAAAAUCAUUUUACAUAUAAAGGGGUCCCUCGAUACCAUUUACACACGUAUUGGCAUCACAUUCGUUGAUACAAUAUUUUACCUCGGGGAGUGUGGGAGCAAACUCAAACGUCGUCUGGACUGUUAGAAGAUUCUGUCUGAAAGUUUCUGCUCUGAUUACGUCCAAAGAUGUACAAACAUCUGCUUUGUUUUGAGCUCUUUUCAGUCUAAAUCUCAGGUUAUAAAUAUUAAUGAAUUAUAUAAUUAUAAUUAUUACCUGACAAACCUGUCGGUCAUUUUCAAAAAGCUCUCAGGAAUCCUGACGUAGACGUCGCUGAACUUCAAAGUUUGUGAUUGAAUAAUCCUCGUCUGCUCUCCGCAGGUUCGUAUCUCAGUCCGAUCCAAUCAUUUCCACGCCGACAGUUUAAACCUGGAGAUCAUCAGCAACAAACCUCACAGCAGCGCCGAGCCCGAGAAGCCCCGCCCACAGGGCCGCAGUCAGCUGGUACAGGAGGUGGUGCGUCUGGCUGAGGAAGCGAGCCAACAGGCGCAGGAGGAGGCGGCGAGGAGGCCCCGAGUGUCCCGAGAGGAGAGGGAGUACCGGCAGAGUAAAAGCCCCAACCUGUACUCCCUGCUGGAGGAGGUGAGGGAGCUCGCUCUGCUGGACCUGGAGACCGCCGCCGCUGCCGCCGCACAGGUGUGUGCGACCACGGCGUAGAGCCACCGCCACAGGAAAUGACUGACCCUGCAGAGCCUGAAGGAGACAUGAGAGAACGAACAAAAACUGUUUCCAUCAACUUUCCGAAGAUUCAAACUUUUUCAUGUGGAACCUGAAACUUUCCUUUUCGUAGUUUUUGAAGAUGUUUGUUUUUCUGUUUGACGGUGCGGAGGGAAAACGUGCAGCUGGAUGAAGUUUACACUCACGAGCUAAAUUUAUGAACAAAGAAAAGCAUAGACAUGAAAAAAGCAGAAGAAGAAAUAAAUCUAUAAAAAAACAAA